AUUUGUGUCUAGCCUUCAAUUUGCAAAGCAACGCGAAAACUUAAAAAAUACUUUUCCACUACAAUUUAUAGACAUUUGUCUUAAAUCUGGCGUUAAUCUGCGCUUUUGGAACAAUUUGCACCGCCCGCCGCUGAAAUAGGAAGAAGCUGUACACUUUUGACAAACUUUUUCAAAAAUUUUGUUCAUACAAUUAAAUAAAAAUGUCUGCAAAGGCUAUUUGCGAGGCCACCGGAAAGGAUAUCUUGAAUCGUCAUUUGAAUGAAAAUGGUGCUGGUUUCCAGACAUGCCGUUUUGCCACAGUCAAUACGACAACGGAUUGGUCCAAAUUGGCUGCCGAACAGCCCUGGUUAUUGAACACGCCUUUGGUGGUGAAGCCCGAUCAGCUCAUCAAGCGACGUGGAAAAUUGGGAUUAAUUGGAGUCAAAAAAAGCUUUGAGGAAGUCAAAAAAUGGAUCAGCGAACGUAUGAACAAAGAUCAACAAAUCGGCAAUGCUGUGGGAAAAUUAAGAAAUUUCAUCAUAGAACCUUUUGUGCCACACACAGACGCCGAAGAAAUGUAUGUUUGCAUUUACUCGCAUCGUACCGCUGAUACCAUACUCUUCUAUCAUCAGGGUGGUGUCGAUAUCGGCGAUGUUGAUGCCAAGGCUUUGAAAUUGGAUGUGCCCGUCAAUACGGAUCUUUCUUUGGCGGACAUCAACAGCAAGUUACUAACUCAUGUACCCGCCGCUAAAAAAGAACGCGUUGCCAAAUUUGUGUAUGCCUUAUACAAGACCUAUGUUGAUUUGUACUUCACAUAUUUGGAAAUAAAUCCCUUGGUGGUAACCGACAAGGAUUUAUACAUAUUAGAUUUGGCGGCUAAGCUGGACUCAACCGCUGAUUUCAUAUGCCGUCCAAAAUGGGGUGAUAUUGAUUAUCCACCACCAUUUGGCCGUGAUGCCUAUCCUGAAGAGGCAUAUAUUGCCGAUUUGGAUGCAAAGAGUGGUGCUUCCCUUAAGUUGACCAUUCUAAAUCGCAACGGUAGAAUUUGGACUAUGGUCGCUGGUGGCGGUGCUAGUGUCAUUUAUUCCGACACAAUUUGUGAUUUGGGUGGAGCCGCCGAAUUGGCCAACUAUGGUGAAUAUAGUGGUGCUCCUUCGGAACAACAAACCUAUGAGUAUGCAAAAACUAUAUUGAAUCUGAUGACAUCUUCGCCUAAACAUCCCGAUGGUAAGGUAUUGAUCACGGGAGGUGGCAUUGCAAACUUCACAAAUGUAGCUGCCACUUUCCGUGGCAUCAUUACCGCCCUGCGUGAAUUCCAGCCAAAAUUAGUGGAGCACAAUGUUUCCAUUUUUGUGCGUCGUGCUGGUCCCAAUUAUCAAGAGGGCUUACGCAAGAUGCGCGAAUUUGGCAGUACAUUGGGCAUCCCAUUGCAUGUUUUUGGACCCGAAACUCAUAUGACAUCCAUUUGUGGCAUGGCCUUGGGCAAGCGACCCAUUCCAACAACAGCGAAUGCUGAAUUUUCCACAGCCAACUUUUUACUACCAGGCGGCCAAAAUGCCCAGCCUGAAUUGCGUAAUCUAACUGGAGAUACUGGCAAUGAAGGUUUAGGUUCACCCCAACAAUCGAUUAAACUACCACCUAUCUCGGCAGAUGAUAUGAAAUUCAGCAAUAAUGUUGCUGCCCAUGGUGCCGUUAGUACAACACGCAAAUUCUUUACGAACAAAACCAAGGCCAUUGUCUGGGGUAUGCAACAGAGAGCUGUGCAAUCUAUGUUGGAUUUCGAUUUCAUUUGCAGACGAGAUGAACCAUCUGUUGUUGCCAUGGUCUAUCCCUUCACUGGUGACCACAAGCAAAAAUUCUACUGGGGCCAUACGGAAAUCUUAAUUCCUGUCUACAAGAAGAUGUCAGAUGCCAUUACUAAACACAAAGAAGUCGAUGUUAUGGUUAAUUUUGCUUCUUUGCGUUCCGCUUAUGAAUCUACACUGGAAGUAUUGGAGUUCCCUCAGAUUCGUACCGUGGCCAUUAUUGCCGAAGGUAUACCCGAAAAUAUGACCCGUAAAAUGAUAUUGGCAGCCAACAAGAAGGGUGUAGCUAUUAUUGGUCCUGCCACGGUGGGUGGUGUGAAGCCAGGAUGUUUCAAAAUCGGUAACACUGGUGGUAUGUUGGACAAUAUUCUUCACUCAAAACUCUACAGACCUGGUAGUGUCGCUUAUGUCUCAAGAUCUGGUGGUAUGUCCAAUGAGUUGAACAAUAUCAUCUCUAAGGCUACCGAUGGUGUGUUGGAGGGUAUAGCCAUUGGUGGGGAUCGUUAUCCUGGUACCACUUUCAUGGAUCACAUUAUGCGUUACCAAGCUGAUCCUGAUGCCAAACUUUUAGUUCUAUUGGGAGAAGUAGGUGGGACUGAGGAAUAUGAAGUUUGUGCGGCACUUAAGGAUGGCCGUAUUAACAAACCUUUGGUGGCUUGGUGUAUUGGUACCUGCGCUUCCAUGUUUACAUCGGAGGUACAAUUUGGUCAUGCUGGUUCAUGUGCAAAUUCGGAUCGGGAAACGGCCACAGCCAAAAAUAAGGCUCUACGUGAAGCCGGUGCAUAUGUUCCAGAUUCGUUUGAUUCCUUGGGAGAUUUGGUACAACAUGUGUAUGCUGAGUUAGUAAAAACGGGUCGCAUUAAGCCAUGUGAGGAAGUGCCACCUCCAACCGUACCCAUGGAUUACGCUUGGGCCCGUGAAUUGGGUCUUAUUCGCAAACCAGCCAGUUUCAUGACUUCCAUUUGUGAUGAAAGAGGCCAAGAGUUGAUUUAUGCUGGCAUGCCAAUUAGUGAAGUGCUGAACAAAGAUGUGGGUAUUGGCGGUGUUAUUUCAUUGCUGUGGUUCCAGCGUUGCCUGCCUCCAUACGUUUGUAAAUUCUUUGAAAUGUGUCUCAUGGUUACCGCUGAUCAUGGGCCAGCGGUGUCAGGCGCCCACAAUACAAUUGUGUGUGCUCGUGCUGGCAAAGAUUUAGUUUCGUCGGUGGUCAGUGGCUUGUUGACAAUUGGUGACCGUUUUGGUGGUGCCUUAGAUGGGGCUGCCCGCCAGUUCUCCGAAGCAUAUGAUUCUAAUCUGCAUCCCAUGGAUUUCGUUAAUCAAAUGCGUAAGAAUGGUCAGUUGAUUAUGGGCAUUGGUCAUCGUGUCAAAUCCAUAAAUAAUCCCGAUGUGCGUGUGAAAAUCAUCAAAGAAUUUGUCAUAGACAACUUCCCUUCAUGUCCACUACUGAAAUAUGCCUUAGAAGUGGAAAAAAUAACCACAAGCAAAAAGCCCAAUUUAAUUUUGAAUGUUGAUGGUGUUAUAGCCACAUCAUUUGUGGAUAUGCUGCGCAAUUGCGGAUCAUUUACCAGCGAGGAAGCUCAGGAGUAUAUAAAUAUUGGAGCCAUAAAUUCGUUAUUCGUGCUGGGACGUAGUAUAGGUUUCAUUGGCCACUUCAUGGAUCAGAAACGUUUGAAACAAGGCCUUUAUCGCCAUCCUUGGGAUGAUAUCUCCUACGUAAUGCCAGAACAAUUUAAUUAAGCAAUAUGCGGUGUGUCAUAAGGAUACUUUAUUAUCAUCAUAAGCUUCGACACAUCACAAACCAACAGAAUUCUCCAAUGUUAUCCCCUUCUCAUGUCUCAACUCAUUGCUAGGAAAUGUGUAAUACCACAAACAUGUCACAUACUACUUCUACUACUUACUCUUUUCAUUCCUUAUUUUGUGUAAAAUUUCAUUUCUCUAAAAAUUAUUAUUUUUUAUACUUAGCCAUGGCAUUUAAAAUCUUUUUCGCUUGUACGUAAUUUAAUUUUGUCAAAUCGGUUAUUUAUAUAUAUAUAUAUAUAUCUUUAAAAGAAACUCUUUUUUUUAAUAUCCUAUUUGUUUUGAUGAUUAAUAGGAAGAUACUUAAUUGUUUGAUGAUCAACGUUUACACAACAACAACAAAUAUAUUGACAACAUAUUACACAAAUAAAUGUGUAUUAUGUACCCAAAACAAAUAAAUGUAUUGAUAUUAAAGAGAAUUUAUCGUACUAUUCUAUAUAAAAAGAAAGCAAAACAAAACCAUAUAAUUAUUUUAUUAGUUUCUAUACACCACAUUAAAUGUUUCAAAAGUGCACUCGAAAUUUAAAGUACUACAUAUUUUUAAAACAAAAAUAAAACUAAAUGAAUGUAAUUGUUGACUUGCAAAAAAUUAUUAUAUAAUAGAUCAAAUGCACAAAUGUUCAAUAAAUUCAAAACACAAAUCUAUGUCUAUUGCAGCAAAAUGCUAGAGAAGCAAAGCUUACACAAUA